AUGCCAUAUUUGCUGAAAGGAUUAACGCUGUGCUAAGCAUGUGACAAUAGAUGUGAAGUCUAUUCAUAAACUGAGAGUGCAUGAAUAUGUUCAACACUGACUUGUGGACAAUCAUCAUCAGACACGUGUUACCAGGUAAUAAACAGGUCACCAUACCAUCCUACUGCUAGUCAUGUGCCAACCCAAGGGUAGACUAGGUGUAUAAAAAGAAGUGAUUUUUGCUAUCAUAAUUAUUUAAUAGUCGUUACUAGGCUAUAAACAAAGGAGAAAAAAGAUGCAUAUGUGGAUCUCUUUACUUGUUGCACUUUCUUUUGUGAUACUCUCGAGUGGACAGCCUCAUCCUACAAUUUCUGAGACAUUUGCAGCUAGAGUUGAAGUUGAAAGAGACACAAGAGGUGAAAUUCAUCGUGGAGCUGGUGACAUAUGCAGGGAUCAAAUCAACAAAAAAGGUCUUGAGGCCUAUAACAUCACAUUGGGAAAUAAUACCAAUGAUGAGGUAGUGUACAGCCUGGAGAGGUAUGACCUGGACCCACCAAUGGAAUACCACAUCAGAGGUGUCAGCAAGGAUCCACACUUGCACUGCAGUGAAGAGAGGCCUCAUGAUCCCGAGUUUCAACCAUUUUUUGGCUGGCUUGCAGAAGCUAAAGACCUUGGAACAAUGGAAAUUAAAGAUCUCAGAGUCCAUGCUUAUGGUAUUGAGAAUGGUGGUAUUAGACUUCUGUUGGGUGUAGAUCCAGAAGACAGUGCAAAGCCAAUGAUCCUUGAACGUGGAACUCCAGGAGAGCAAAUUUACAUCAUAUUCAAGACCUUUAGCACAACAGUCGAUCCAAGAGUUUUUGAUAUUCCUGAGAUGUGCCGACGCCCACCACCAAAAUAGGAGGGCACUAACUUUUAAAACUUGCUGUAUGCUAAUAUGCUGCCUUUUUUGCUUUAGUUUUUUUGAUAGCUAAUAUAGGUAUUGAUACUUGAUGCUCAUAUGCUUAGUGCUACAUUAAUUUUGUUUUAUGCUAAUAUGCUGCCUAUUAAUUUUUUGCUGUACUUUCUUUUUGAUGAUGCUUUCUAGCUAAUAAUGCUACUUUUUAUUAGGUAACUAUA